CUGGUGCUCUAUGUAAUUCGCAUUCUCAUUCCGACCCAGAAUCGUGGGACGAUGGCACGUAUUACCCGUCAUGAUUUUCGGCACCGUCACUUCCCUUGACUGUAUUCCUAUCCCAUCGUUGCUGUCGAUAUCACGCUUUUGAAAAGGGCGCGUACCGUCCAUGUACAAUCGGUUCUGUGCUUGGAAGCAUGUACUUAUUUACAUAUAUGCCCUAGGUGUACUUACAUCCGUGCAUACGUACUACAAGACACAGUGGCUGCUUUGUAUGCACCUUGUACGCACCUACUCGAAUCCUUUGAUGUAUAUAAGUUCCGUAAUAACGACUUGCAGACUAUUUAUACCACUCGUACAUGACCCUUCUCGUCGUUUUCCUCCAUGUUUCUGUAGCGUUUUCCAUCUCUCACAUCGGAUGACAGUUGCCUAGCGCGGGAAUAUGAUGCAUAUACUAGAAAUUCAUGAACAGUAGCCGGAAGGA